UCUUUGGGGAUUACAAAUAGGAAUUUCCGCAAGACAAGAGUACAUCGUGUGACCUAGAAGAAACAAUAACUGUGUUAUGGACGAUCGGUCACAACCUUUUUUUGUCACAACGUGUGGCCCCACACGCAACGUGAACGUGCACCUCUUGCUGCGGAUCUGGCGCCACGAUUGAUGCUGAAAGUAUUUAAGGCAGGCCCAUUUCUAACGAGCUACGUAUCUAACCCUUCCAUCAUGGCGCCUAAGCUUCCUAUCGAGAUUAUCUUGACCAUCUGCAAAGACGCAGCCCAGCCGACGUUUUCUCAAAGGGAAAAAUAUGACAUAAAAAAUCCUUACUCAACCGCCCUCUCCUUAUGUCUCGUCUCUCGACUUGUCAGACGCAUCAUCCUCCCCGAUUUCCUGCACACGAUCUUGCUCCGCCGACGUCACAGCUUAAAGAAGUUCGCAAAUGCUUUGCUUAUGCAGAAAGCGUACGCUGAGAAAAAGAGCGAUCUUUUCUUUGACUAUACCUCCGCUGUACAGAGGAUGUGGAUUAGUGACGCAUUUGACUAUUUCGUCUAUGCAGAGGCCCGGUCGGAGUACGAAGAGGCCCGGUCGGAGGACGAAGAGGCCCAAUCGGAGGACGAAGAGGCCCAAUCGGAGGACGAAGAGGCCCGGUCGGAGGACGAGGACCCUCACUUACGUUGGGGCAUCAGAAAUUUUUUGUCAAAAAACGAUGAGCGAGCGCGCAACAUAAGCGUGUCGCUUCCGGUGAUCCUUGCUGCGCCGGAACUUGCGGUUGACUAUGGCCAUUUAAAGCACAUCAUUUGGCGCGUGCAAGAUGCAUGGUCUUCUCGCACAGAUCUCAAUGUCGGCGGACACUCUUCUUUUCCUGGGAAAACCAAAAAUCUAACAAUAAUACGUCAAGGCCACCACGAGCAUUUCUUGCACAACACUGUUGAAACAUUUGUUUUCCUUGCAUCAAUCCCACAUCUCACUCACCUAAUCGAUUUGGCUGAGCACUCACUCAUGUUUCGCGGCAUCAGCUGUGGUACAGAAUCGCCAAAAUUCCCGGUGUAUCUUUGGAUGAGGGACCAUACGUGGAAUUCUAUGGAGAGCCUUGAAACCUUUUCAGUGGUCUACCCGCAUCUGCCUCCCAUCCACGAUUUCAAGUCAAUUACAUAUGCCGCAUAUGCGACAAGGGGAAUAGACUUGCAUGUGGAGCGAUUCACGGUGUCUGCUGCCCUUUACAAGCAGGAUCCUGAAGUCCUUCCCGUGGGGGCCACUGUGGUUUCCUGUGACGGAUCUUUUCACAGUAUUUUUGGUCUUGGGAUAAAGCUUGGGCCUGUGGGUUAACCGACGGAUGAGGGGUAAUACUGGAUGUUAGGCAGAUGAUGAUAAAGGCUUUG